CUUUUCCAAUUAGGAGCCAUCGGAUUCUUAACAGACGGAAUGGGUCUGCCAAGAAUCUUUCGGUGCGGACCAUGAAGAGUUUUUUGUCUUCAUUAUUCAUGCACCCAUCUACCGGACUACGGCUGAGAACAGGAAUGCUACAAGAAAAAAAACGCGUCUUCUUAUUCAGGAUCUUUAAACUCCAGACUACAUUCUAAAGAAAGUGUUUCGCAAGGAUGGCCCGUCCCUUGGCUUGGAAUUUGACUCUUUCGUCGGGCGCGUUUUUCCAUCCUACAGUAAACAAAGAUCUCUGUUUUUCUACUCGGGGUAGGAUGGCAAAGUUAUCAUGUUAUAAAUCUACUCGGGUAAGACCCAUGAACUGUCUCAUUUUCUUUUUUAUUUUUUCAUGAAAAGAAGAGAGAGAGAGAGAUGGAUUUAUUGGAGAGAGGGUUAUCUCAAUCUGGUUCACUAAUUUAUAUCUAUUAUUGUUACGUUAAUAUAAACCCAGUGGCUACUCAAGAAUGACAGUUUCUAGUACGGGCAACACCAGGCAAUUCCUCGGGGGGGCGAGCCAGCUGUUUGCCACAUUGUAGUGCAGCUUGUAUCCUCUUGUUGCCUUCCUGACUGGUUUUGAGUAUCUAUUUCUGCUAUGCACUUCUCUUUUGGGUUCUUUGUUGUAUCCAAUUUGCAGAUAAUUGUCUACUGAUCUCCUAGAGGACAAGCUAUCACUCUCAGAACUUGCAUUGCAUUCAUUUAACAUGAUAUGCAAUAUUCUAACGCUACUUUUUUUUGUAAUGAUAACUCUGAUGAACUGCAGUAGAGAAAAUGAUCAGGAGUUUGCUUGGACAAUACCUAAAUAAUUCUCGUCACAAUAAAAGCUUUAAAAUCUCGUCAUUAUACAUGUGGCAGGUGGCCUUGAUUCAAGCCUGUAUGUUUACUCUGGCUCUGUACAUGGCAAGCCAAGCUAGAAUGGAGCACAUGUACAGAGGAGUGCACUCGAGGAUCUUGGGGAUUCCAAUUUAUGGGCGAAAGGAGAAAGAUCAUGAAGAACUGGUUCUAUUCAAGGAAUUGCAUAAGCGUGACAAAGAACGCAUCCUCAACCUCCUUCAGCCUGUUUCUGAGGACUUUGAAUCUCAUGCUGCUUUAUCUGCAGGUAGUACCGGAACUUAUCCAUUCUAUAGGAUUCCAUCUGCAAAGAAAGGACCCGGGCUUGAAUUUCUUGCUGAGAAUGGGAAAAAUGAUUAUGACUGGUUAAAAACACCACCAGCAACCCCAUUGUUCCCAUCUCUGGAGAUGGAAGCUGCAACAGCCCCUGAACUUGUCGUUCAAAGGGAGAUACCAAUCACCCAACCUGUUUCACGGUUUGGAGCUGUCAAUUUUGAGGCACCAAAGGCAAGCAAUAUCAAUGGAAGACCAAAAUCUCCACGUCCAACUCCAAAAGUCCCCCAAAGAUCCACCACUCCAAGCCAGAGACCAAGAAUCUUAUCAACUGAUCAACCUUCGACCAAAGCCACCACCACAGGAACAUCAAUUAUUACAAACCAAAAACCAGUGACCGAUGUCAUGAGUAAGCGAACAAAUAUGGUAACCAACAUAGCAAAAUCCACCAACCAAAAAGAAAUCCUCACCUCAAACCCUUCCAAAAACACAGCAACUCAUGAUCCUCCAAAAACAAAGCCUAGAAGUAGUAGUAGUAGUAGUACUAGAGGCGUGUCGCCUCUAGUAAGAUCGAGAAUUACAGCUCAAAUUCCAGACUUUUCCAAUGAGACACCUCCUAAUCUAAGAACAGAUAAUGAUCGUUCAAUCUCAGCUACAAGGGGUCGUCCAGCCAACCCAAUACUUCCAGUUCAGCAAAAAUCAGACCCCCCUGCAAAUCCAAGGAGACAAUCAUGCUCACCAAGCGUAACGAGGGGUCGGAAAGUAGUCCUGGAAUCCAAGCAAGCUGACAGUAGCCAAGGGAAUAAUAAUGUGACUGCUCAAAGAGGAAGGACUACAUUAACAGGAAAUGUCCUGGGAAGUAGGAUGGUAGAUAAGGUAAUGAAUGCCAGAAAAUCAGGUGCUGAAGGAAGAGAAUCAAAGCCAAAAUCUCGAGGUUUCAAUAAUAAGGCUGCAGAUCAAAGCUCUGGCUUUGGAAGGAUGAUGCAGUCCAAGACCACCUCAUUGGAUAUGGCUAUGAAACAAGGGGAGAUAAAGCGAGAUUGCUCUAAUUCCAGUCAUCACGGUGUUGUUCCGGGAAGAAGAUCCGGCAGAGAGUAGCUGGCUUCAUGAAAACGACUUUGCCAGCCAUUCUUGAAAUAGAAUUGCAAAGGAGUGAGAGAGCGAUUGAUGAUUAAUCAAUGGGCAAUCAUCAUAUAUAUUAAUUUUUCUUCCUACUUAUCUCCUUUUCGGUUUUCCAUCCGGGAUGAUCAGAAGAAUGUUUUCCUUUGCAAUCAAUCGCGAAUCGAUGAUUUCUAUGAUGAUCUCCUGUAACGCCCAAGUUAUUAUAAUAUUUAUGUAUCUCUCAUCUCUUUGAUCAGAAAGAAAGUUCUAUGCAUUCAAGACUGCAGGAAGGUCAUGUACGUAAUU